UCAUUUGAGGCGUGUGUGAGGUUAAAAUCGGCAAUUUCUUUCAUUCCGUUUAUAUCUAAGCAUUGUGUUUCCUAAAAAAUCUGUGAACAAAAAUGGCUUUAUCUGUACCAAAAGCACCAGGAGUAGCGCAAAUGCUAAAGGAUGGCGCACGGAUGUAUAGUGGUCUGGAGGAGGCCGUUUACCGUAAUAUCAGCGCCUGCAAAGAAUUCGCGCAGACAAUGCGUUCCGCUUAUGGUCCCAAUGGCAUGAAUAAAAUGGUCAUAAAUCACAUUGAAAAACAAUUUGUAACAAGUGAUGCUGGUACCAUUAUGCAGGAAUUGGAUGUGGAACAUCCAGCUGCAAAACUUAUGGUUAUGGGCAGUCAAAUGCAGGAUGCUGAGGUUGGUGAUGGUACCAAUUUCGUUGUUAUCUUUGCGGGCGCAUUGCUCGAGGCUGCCGAGGAAUUGUUACGCUUAGGUAUCACUACUUCUGAAAUUGCUGAUGGUUAUGAGAAAGCUUUAGAGAAGGCAUUGGAAAUUCUGCCUAAACUUGUUUGUCACGAGAUCGAGGACUAUCGUGAUGUCAACAAAGUUACUGAGUGCCUUAAAGCCGCUAUCAUGUCAAAACAAUACGGCCAAGAAGAAUUUCUUACCGAAUUGGUAGCAAAAGCAUGUGUUGCCAUAUUGCCCAACGAAGGCACAUUUAACGUAGAUAAUAUACGUGUUUGUAAAAUUCUGGGCAGCGGUUUGGGCAAAUCCGAAGUUGUGCAUGGCAUGGUCUUUAAGCGUUUUGUUGAAGGUGAUGUAACAUCAGCAGAAAAUGCUAAGGUAGCUGUAUUCUCGUGUCCCAUUGAUAUCAUACAGACUGAAACAAAAGGAACUGUUUUGAUCAAGUCUGCCGAUGAGUUGAUGAACUUUUCAGCUGGUGAAGAAAAUCUUUUGGAGGCACAAAUUAAAGCUUUGGCCGAUGCUGGCAUUAAAGUUGUUGUGUGCGGUGGCAAAGUGGGUGAUAUGGCAUUACAUUUCCUUAAUAAAUAUAAACUUAUGGCUGUGCGUUUGAACUCCAAAUUUGAUCUGCGCCGUCUUAGUCGUACAGUUAAUGCAACGGUGUUGCCACGCAUCACCACACCAACUAACGAGGAAUUGGGUUACUGCGACAAAGUGUGCGUUGAGGAGCUGGGUGGUACAACUGUGGUAGUUUUCAGAAACACAGGUAAAGAUGCACGCAUUUCUACUGUUGUAAUUCGCGGCGCCACCGAUAAUUUCAUGGAUGAUAUCGAGCGCGCAGUUGAUGAUGGUGUAAAUAAUUUCAAGUGUCUGACACGUGAUGGACGUUAUCUGCCUGGUGCCGGUGCUACUGAAAUUGAAUUAGCUUCACAAUUGGCAGUCUACGCUGACACAUUACCCGGUCUUGAGCAAUAUGCUGUCCGUAAAUUCGCUACUGCUUUAGAGGUAUUCCCCAAAGCUUUGGCUGAAAACAGCGGUGUGAACGGUACUGAUGUUGUAAAUGCAUUGUACUUGGCACAUAAAAAGUCAACCGGUCAAAAUAUUGGUUUCAACAUUGAAACUGAGAAAGCAGACACAGUCGACGUGACCACAAAGCAAAUCUUCGAUCUAUUUCAAGCGAAAUACUGGGGUCUUAAAUACGCCGUGGGUGCAGCUGCGACAAUUCUGAAGGUUGACCAAAUUAUAAUGGCAAAACGUGCGGGAGGACCAAAGCCACGACAGAAUGCCGGCAGUGAUGACGAAAGCUAGACUGUUAUCGUUUAAAGUGGCGUUGGUUUAUAUUUGCAUUAACUUCCUAUGUAUUACCACAUUUCUCAUUAAAAAGUAAUUUACUAAGUUAUCUGCUACUUACAAAUAUUUGACAUAACGUAUGUAAUUUUAUGAACAAAAUAAUACGAUUUUUCGCAAAUUGGUCAACCAAAAUAAAAUCUUAAUUUAACACUAUUCUUUUUUGAAUGUAUUAUAAAUAACAAAAACGUUUUGUGCAAGGAGCUUUGGAUCAGCAAUAAAAGUUUUGGCGAAGUCAGACAAACUCUUGCAGAAAAUCUAA